AUGUCAGCGGAAGAGCCGAAUUCCAUGGACCCAACGCGGGAGGACGAUCUGGCGCCGGCAGCUCUGGAAGGCGCCCCAGUUGAAGAAACAAACGUUUUGCUGGCAGACGAAGUUGCAGGUGACGACGAAGAGCAGGAAGACGAUCAAGAAUCACUUUACUCGCAUGAAGAGGAGAGAGACGCUGCUGAAAAGGAGGACAGUGCGACGCCUGAAAUCCAAACAGCAACAGUGCAGGCCGAAAACGAGGGUGAAGUGGGCGCUGAGGGCCAGGAUGAAGAGGAAGACGCCCAAGGCGGCAGCGACCAAGUCAUCGAAGCUGUCGAAAUUGGGGAUGUGCAGGAGAGAAAGGAGGAGGAAGAGGCACAAGGCCCAGAAAGCACUCUCAUAGAGCCUGACGUUGUCACGGUGGGCCAGCCUGUUGAUGCGAGUGCAGAUGAGCUCGACGCAGCCGAAGCCUCUGACUCGCGGGAGCGCGCAGAAGACGAUGCGGAAGGUUCAGGACAGGAAGCCCAUCCAGAAGAACAGACUGCCCUUGUAGAUUUCGGUAGCGAGGACGAGAAAGGCCAGUCAGUAAGCUCAGAGUCCGGCGCCCAGGAGCAGGAGGCGUCUGAGGACGCUGGUUCCGACGGAGAUGAGAAGGAGCAGGAACAAGACGCAGACCAACCAAACCAUGAAGCUGCUGAGUCCUCUGAGCAGGAGUCAAGCUCCGGUACUCAAAGCGUCGAGCCGCAACCUUUCGAUGUGGCGCGUUACGACAUGAGCAGCGAAAAUGUGGAUUACGGACUACUUCAGAAGCAGGCUACUUACAUUGUGAGCAGCAAUAUGCUUAACACCCCGGGGUUUCAGCAGCUGGUAGAGCCUGACAAGAUUAAUGCAGUGCUUUCAUUUUUAAAUUCGAACCCGGAAACCGCAUUCCAAGCGUUCGCUGGACAAGUAGCUCAGCCAUCGAAUCCACAGCGCGCUAGCCAACACGAGCCCCGUCCUGAUCUCUCCCAACCCAUGACGGCAGUAGAACGCAAGAGGUAUAACGAGUACUUGAGGGGCGAAAAUAGGAUUACUGAGAUUCAGAACAUCCCACCCAAGUCCAGGCUAUUUAUUGGCAAUCUGCCGUUGAAAAACGUGGCGAAAGACGAUCUUUUCCGCAUUUUUUCGCCAUAUGGACACAUUUAUCAAAUCAAUAUCAAAAACGCAUUUGGCUUCAUCCAAUAUGAUAACCCUCAGUCUGUGAAGGCGGCCAUAGCGGGUGAGUCUAACGAACUGAACUUCGGCAAGAAGCUGAUACUCGAGAUUUCAUCUUCCAACAGCAGGCCACAAUACGAUCACGGCGACCACGGAACAAACAGUAGCUCCACCUUUAUAUCCUCUUCUAAGCGUCCUUUCGAGGAAGAAGAAGAAGAGGAUAUGUACAGCGACAGCAGCUACAAGCGCGGGAAAAGACGCGUUCCUGAUUGCCAAAUAUAUGUCAAGAGAACAGCCGACAGGUCUUACGCCAAUGAGGUCUUUAACAGGUUCAAACAGGCAAGCGGUCUGGAAACCGACAUGAUAUUCUUAAAGCCCCGGAUGGAGCUGAGAAAGAUGAUAAACGACGCUGCGUAUGACGGAGUCUGGGGCGUGGUGCUAGUCAACAAGACUAGGAACGUCGACAUCCAAACGUUCUACAAAGGGCCUCAAGGUGAGACGAAGUUCGACGAGUACGCGAGCGUGUCCUGCGAGGACGCGAUUGCCAUAUUCAAUAACCUGAAAAGCAACAGGGGCGACAGAAUGGCCGCGCCUGUGCAGCACGCACCUCAGCAGCACGCACCUCAGCCGCACGCACCUCAGCAACACGCACCUCAGCAGCAAUACUACGGGGGCUACGGCGCGGCACCCGCGCCGCAACCACCACACCAGGGUCAGCCUUACAUACAGCAGCCUCCAUACGGCGGUGCGCCCCAGGGCCCCGCUCCAGGAUACGGCGGCCCUCCCCCUAUGGCUCAGGGCUACGGCGCCUAUCCAGGCGCGCAAGCCCACGUCUCUCCACCCCCUCCUGUUGUUGCUCCCCCAAUGGCCGCCGGGCCCCAGAUGGACCAGCAGCAGCUCUUCUCUGCCAUUCAAAACCUGCCUCCCAACGUUGUGUCGAGCCUCUUGGCAAUGGCCCAGCAGCAGCCCCAGCAGCAGCAGCAGUUGCUGGGUAUCAUCCAGUCUAUGCAACCGCAGGCCCAGCCCCACGGCGCGCAGCAUGGCGGCCCCUCUGUGCCUCCCGCGUAUCAAGGCUACCACCAGAUGCAAUCCCAGCCCAUCAACAGCCCGCCGGUGCAGCAACACCAACAGCAGCCUCCGGCUUUUGCCGCGAAAAGCCCACCUGCGCAGAACCCUAUCCCGCAGCAAUCCCAGGCCCCCGCCUCUGGCAACAACAACGUCCAGAGUCUCUUGGACAGCUUGGCCCAACUCCAACAGAAAUAA